AGAGUGCGUAGUAGAAGAAGAAGAAAAAGAAAGAGAGUGGAAAAAAAAAAUGGCGGAAGAGAGAGAAGAUCCACAGAAGCUGAAACGAAUAGCGGCGGAUUCAUACGACUACGACAACGACCAACGAUGGCCCGAUUAUUGGAACAACGUUCUCAUCCCUCCCCACAUGGCUUCACGCUCCGACGUCGUUUCUCACUUCAAGCGCAAGUUCUACCAACGCUACGUUGAUCCUGAUCUAGUGGUAGAACCAAUGUCUUUUGGCAGUUCAUCCCAGCCAGCACGGCCAUCAGCAACAUCGUCGUCGUCACCAUCUCCAACAAAUGGUCAAGCUCGUGCAAGAAGCUCUGGAACAACUAAUAGAACUUCAGGGACAUCUUCAACUGCAGGACCUAAUCCAACAUCUUUGCGUUGGGAUCGGCAGACAAUUCUAUUUUCUGUUAAUGCUUGGGUGUUUGUCGUGGCUGUCCUUGCAGCCGUUCCACUGGUACCUAGGCAUCUUUCUCAUAGGGCUUAUCGACUUUCUUUUAUGGGUACUACUUGCUCUUCCCUGUACUCAUUGUACUCGCUAUAUGGGAAGCCAAGGGCAUGGAAUUUGCAGGCCUUGCAAGUUUACUUUCAGUCAAUAAUAGCCACGAAGGAAUUUAUAUACUUCAUCUACUGCCUUACAUUUGUUACAUCACAUCUUUGCCUUAAAUUUGCUUUGAUCCCUAUCUUAUGCUGGUCAUUUGAACACGUUGCCAAGUUCCUUAGACGCAAUUUCAGUCGCUCUAACUUGUACAGGAAGUACUUGGAAGAGCCUUGUGUUUGGGUGGAGUCAAACAAUACUACCCUCAAUAUACUGACAUCACACGCCGAGAUUGGACUUGGAUUCCUGCUGGUCAUCUCACUUUUGUCGUGGCAGCGCAACAUAAUUCAAACAUUCAUGUACUGGCAGCUUUUGAAGCUCAUGUAUAAUGUUCCUGUUACUGCUGCUUACCAUCAGAGUGUUUGGGCUAAAAUUGGGAGGACUGUUAAUCCAAUCAUCCACCGAAAUGCACCAUUCUUGAAGACUCCUCUAUCUGCAGUGCAAAGAUGGUGGCUAAGGUAGAAGCUUGGUUAAAGUGAUUUCAUAUGAACACCAAGUAGACUUUUUUAUCUUCAAAUACAAAUUGAUUUCACGGGAACGAUCAAAUGGCUGGUUGGUCAUAUUCAGAGAACUGAAGUAGAUUUUGGGUUGAAUAAUGAUCUAACAGUGAAUGACAAUUUGAUUACUAGUGUGUGUUUUAAGUACACUUUUAAUAUCAUUCCUAUUAAUCUUUGUUUAAGUACUUUGUUUUUCAAUUUUGUUGGUUAUUGGCGAAAGCGAUUUUAUAUAUCCUUAGAGGAGUUAUUGUCAGUGGCUUGACUUGAUAAAAAAUUAUGUAACAACUAUUUCAGUCUACAGUAACAA